AUGGGUGACAUCGCCAAGGACGACCAAGUCUCGGACCAAACGCUGCAGCUCAUCGCCAGGCGAGCGGUUGCGAUAGAGAGACGGCUGCGAGGAGAGCCGCCAGAUCUCACGGACCCAAUCGAGCGGGUUAAGGAGCACUGCCAUCGAGUCGGGGCCACGAGCGUCAGAUACAAGUGGGUCCCGCACGGUUACUAUGACACGCCGUUGGAAGAGCGGGCGAAGGAGCUGGGCUCCGAGCCGGGGCAGCUUUGCAAGACGAUGAUAAUGGAGAACAAGGCCUUCGAUGAGAACGACCCGACGAUAGAGCGGUUCUACCUCGUGGUGGUGCAAUACGCUGCUAGGCUCAGCUCACAGAAGAUCUCGGCCGCGGUGAUGCGCAUGAUGAAGCACUCGUCUCGGGGUCGAUGUAACCUACAGGUGUCUCCCGAAGAAGCUGUGCUGGCCCUGAGACCUUCCUUCUUGUGGAUGGGCGCCGGACACCCCUUGCUCAAGCUGGGCGUGAGCACGGAAGACUUGGUGAAGAAGCUCGGCGCCACUGUUGCGGACAUUUCUGUCCCGAGGGACGGGCCAGGGGCUGCUGACGAUGAUGAAGGCACCUACGACUGA